AUUUUGUAUAUUCUUCUCUCUCUAGCUGUGUUUUCUUGGAAAAUCCUUUGAGAAAAUUUGAAAAAAAAAAUCAAUGUUUUCUUCUCUAAACCCAAACCCAUUUCCCUAAAAAAUAAAUAAAUCCAUGUAGUCCUCACGGAUCUUUCAACCCCAUCACGAAAUCCAAUAGUUUCUUGAAAAAGGGUGUCGAAAAAAAUCUGGUUUUUCUGCAUUUUUAAGUGUUUCUUGAAAAAGGGUGUUGAAAAAAUCAGAUUUUUUUUGCCAUUUUUAUGAGUUUCUCGAAAAAGGGUAAAAAAUCUGAUUUUUCUGCCAUUUUUUGGGUGAGAAAUGGUGGUGAAGAUGAUGAAGUGGCGUCCAUGGCCACCUCUCAUUUCCAAGAAAUUUGAGGUAAAGAUUUUUGUAGGAAAGCUUGAAAAUUUGGUGUGUGAAGUGGCUUCUUCCGCCAUAGGCGGCGGUGUUAGCGGUGGCGUUGCGGUGGAGAUCAGGUGGAAAGGGCCACCAAAAAUAGCUUUGAGUUCUUUUAGAAAGACAGUGAAGAGGAACUGUACUAGAGAAGAAAUGGUGAAAAAUGGACCAAACGGUGUCGUUUUGGUGGAAUGGGAUGAAGAAUUUCAGAGUUUAUGUAAUUUGUCUGGUUAUAAAGACAAUGUGUUUCAUCCAUGGGAGAUUGCCUUCACUGUAUUGAAUGGUAUGAAUGUUAAGAAUAAGGCACCUGUUGUUGGUACAGCUGUCUUAAAUGUCGCUGAAUUCGCUGCCAAGACAGAGGAGAGAGAAUUUAAACUGAACCUUCCUCUGGUAGUUCCAGGGGGUGCUUCCGAGAUUCGGCCCACACUUUGUAUAUCACUUUGCUUGUUCGAACUAAGAGCUUCCCAAGAGUCGGUAGAGUUGGUUCAGAGGCCACUAGCUCCCGUUCAAUCUCCAGCACGGUCCGUAGAAACUCCACCAGUAGAAAAGGAUGAGCUUUCUGCGCUCAAAGCUGGCCUCAGAAAGGUGAAAAUAUUUACGGAGUAUGUAUCAACUCGGAGAGCAAAGAAAGCUUGUCGAGAAGAAGAGGGUAGUGAAGAAAGAUGCUCAGCAAGGAGCGAAGAGGGGGAAUAUGCUUAUCCUUUUGAUUCUGAGUCCAAUGAUGAGUAUGAAGAAGGAGGGUCAGAUGAGGGAAAGGAGGAUCCUACUGUUAGGAAGUCAUUUAGUUAUGGUCCAUUGGCUUACGCGAAUUGUGCAGGAGUUUCUUUCAAUUCUAGUACAAGGGUCAAUGGUGAGGGUGAGGAUUGGGUUUACUUUAGCAACCGUAGAUCAGAUGUGGGCUGCUCACAAAUGGAUGACCAGAUCCCCUGUGCUUCUGAUCUUGUAGUUUUGCAGAAUUCAAAGCGCAGUAUUCUUCCUUGGAGGAAGAGGAAGCUGAGCUUUAGAUCUCCUAAAUCGAAGGGGGAACCGUUGUUGAAGAAGGAUAAUGGGGAAGAAGGUGGUGAUGAUAUUGACUUCGAUCGUCGACAGCUCAGUUCUGAUGAAGCUCUGUCAUUUGGGUGGCACAAGGUGGAGGAAGACUCAACUGCUAAUCGAUCUUCAGUAUCUGAGUUUGGUGAUGACAAUUUUGCUGUUGGCUGUUGGGAACAGAGAGAGAUAGUAAGUCGGGAUGGACACAUGAAGCUUCAAACUCUGGUAUUCUUUGCUUCCAUUGACCAGCGAAGUGAACGAGCUGCUGGAGAAAGUGCUUGCACUGCUCUUGUAGCUGUGCUUGCUGAUUGGUUGCAGAACAAUCGCGAUCUCAUGCCCAUUAAAUCGCAGUUUGAUAGCUUAAUUAGAGAAGGUUCAUUAGAAUGGAGGAAACUUUGUGAAAAUGAGACAUACAGGGAACGGUUCCCUGACAAACACUUUGAUCUGGAGACAGUCCUUCAAGCCAAAAUUCGCUCGAUAUCUGUCGUGCCAGGGAAGUCCUUUGUCGGUUUUUUCCACCCUGAUGGGAUGGAUGAGGGAGGAUUUGAUUUCUUGCAUGGUGCCAUGUCAUUCGACAAUAUCUGGGAUGAAAUUAGCCGUGCUGGAUUACAGUAUGCUUCUGUGGGUGAACCACAAAUCUAUAUCGUCAGUUGGAACGAUCAUUUCUUUGUCCUGAAGGUUGAAGCCGAAGCUUACUACAUCAUUGACACCUUAGGUGAAAGACUCUAUGAAGGUUGCAAUCAAGCUUAUAUACUAAAGUUUGAUAAGGAUACAACCAUCUACAAACAGCCAGACACUACACACUCGACAGAAGAAAAACCUGCUGCGGAUCAGCAAACUAUAUCUACCACAGCGGAGCCAAAACUUAGCGAUGGUCCUCAUACAAACGCAACGCCUGGUUUUCUAGACAGUGAAGCAGUGAACGAAUCAGAUGAGCCAUCGAAGGUUGAGAGCGCAGAAGAAAUUAUCUGUCAAGGCAAAGAGUCAUGCAAAGACUACAUCAAGAGUUUUUUGGCUGCCAUACCAAUCAGGGAACUGCAGGCAGAUAUCAAGAAGGGGUUGAUAACAUCAACCCCUCUUCAUCAGCGGCUUCAGAUUGAACUCCAUUUCACUCACUUACAACAAGCACCUAUCAUAACUAGUCCAGCAAUAGAGAUAGCAACGGCUGCACAAGAACCACCUGCAGUUGCAAUGACUGAGAUCUCGGCGUAAGAGUCUUUCAACUGUAAAUUUAACAAGUGUGUGAUAAUUUCUAACUAGUUUUUGUUCUGUCGUUAGCAUGUUUUGUGUUGCAUUAGAGUAAAAGAUAGUGUUAAAACUUCUAUGGAAGCAAAAGUUUGUACAUCAACCUUCUGUCUUGGAAUUAUAAUAGAUGGUUUCUAA